AUGCUCAGUGAAGCCAGGCCGAAGGCCACUUGGGGACAGAAGCUCACACCUGUUCAUUCCAGAUCUGUUCCACUCCACAAUAUGCCUACACAGCUGGAGAAUGCUAUGGACACCUUGAUCAAGAUUUUUCACCAUUAUUCAGGCAAAGAAGGGGACAAAUACAAACUGAAUAAAGGAGAACUCAAACAGCUCCUUACCAGCGAACUCACUGAUUUCCUUUCAUGCCAAAAGGAUCCCCAGCUGGUUGAUAAGAUCAUGACAGAUCUGGAUACCAAUAAAGACAAUGAAGUGGAUUUUAAUGAAUUUGUCAUUCUGGUUGCUGCUUUGUCUGUAGCAUGCAAUGACUUCUUUGAGGAACAGCUAAAGCAAAAGGAAAUUGGAAAUGAUAAGUAAAUGAACCACUGAGACACAACUGUAACUGAAUCAUGCUUAGUUAGCACUCAUCGGCAUUUUGUGACUGCAAACUAUGUCGUGUUAAUGUUAUUAAAUUGUAAGGACCAGGUCAUCAGUUGGUGUAAAGCAGCAGGUCUUUGCUGACUUCAGUGGGCCCAUAUUGAUUUUCACCACCUGAGAAUCUGUCCCUAAGUAUCUUCCAAGAUUUAUUUUCUGCUUUUACAUCAUGCAUUUCUCACUUCCCUGAGGCAAGAGCUCCAGAAGAUAGUUCACUUGACUCGAGUUUCUGAGUUUUCACCCUCCUACCUGUAUUCACCCCUUUUUCAUCUACCCUGCCCCACAUCUAAUGUGCUGCCCCAUCCACUGGCAUAUAUUCUUCCGGGAACUACAGUUUGCUGUCUGACUUUUAGAGCUGGUUCAAAUCUUUCAAACACAAAUUUUUCCUGAUGAAAAAUGGGUUAUUUAAAAAAAAAUUGGGGGUGGUGGGAAUUUCAUUUGACACAAGUUUUGAAUGGGAAAAUUUGAAAUGAAAUUUAAUGAAAACUUUCAUUGAGUUUUGAACUGAAUAUUUAAUUUAAUAUUGAAGUGUCCUGUUGAAAACUCUAAUUUUUUGGCAGACAAAAAAGGAUGAUUUUUUGGACCAGUUCUGCUCAGUUUGGGCCACCUUCUUCUCUGUUUUCAUUUCUCAAGCCCUCCCUUCACUUGCACUGGUAGGCUGCAGUCAUGCCUUCCUCCCAUCCAUUUGGACAGAAUGCAUGGCUUCCUUCAGCUUCCCAACCUUGCCUAGCUUCAGUUCUGUUGUGUUCUGCCCUCUGUUCAACCCCUUCUCUCAGCAUAAAAGAGUUCAUGCAGAGGAUAAAUUAUUUAAAUAAAUGCGUAGAGGACUUUGUCAGCUGAUUGCUUAUAGGAGGGGUGGAAGAAGUGAGUCUUCAGGAGAGAUGUAAAUGAGGCCAUGUGAUUCUGUUUUCUUUGUGCUGCAUCAUUAAAUGGGAGGAGUCUUUGGAGGCCUGCUGCAGGAGUUGUGGUGGGAGGAUCU